CCUGCCUUUGGGAAAGGGACGCUGUUGCCAUGGCAACCAGAAGCCGCUCUGAGCCGAUGGAAGGUUUUUAUUCUGAUGGCACGGAAAAGAUGGAUCUGGAGGAGAGCGACUGCGAAGAGAUGCUGGCGCAGGAAUUAGAAGAUAUUGAAACAGAAAGUGCUGACUCUGCCUACGCUUUCUUCUCUGAAAGUUCAGAAAGAAAUUAUGAAGUUUCAACUCCAUUAUUGUCUUCAAGCGAAAUGUAUAUAAAUACUACAAGAGUGAAAAAGGAGCCUACAGAAGGAAAAGAGUUCUUCCCAGAUCAAAACGUGUGUUCACCAAAGACAAGCUGGAAAUGCAUGUCUCCUUAUACAAAGACAGCUAAAAAAACAGAAGAAAAACAAAGUGAACUUCUAUUUGGCUGUAGGAGUCCUCUGCAAUCAUCAGUGGUAUCAAGAAGGUCAGGGCUUCAAGAUGGUACCACACAUCAAAUAAAAUCAGUUCAGAAAAGUGAUAGAGUAUCAGAACUAGUCAGCUACAAAUCAAACAGUACAAACAAUUUCUGCCUUAUAUCACCAUCCAAGAGAAACAGACCUGUCAGUGUUCCACCAGGUCAGCUAAGAUGUCAGCCACUUUCUUCUUCAAAAUUCCACUUGGCCCAGAAGGCCUUUGAAGUGCCUCACAGUUUUAAGUGGCAGCCACAGAGACUCAGAGUAACUGCUUACAAGAAUGGUACAGUAAAUAUAUUUGUUAAAGUUACUGUGCCACCUUCCAUUAAACUGCUGCUGGAGGAGUGCACUGAAAAGCUGAAGCUGAAUAUGGCUGCACGACGAGUCUUCUUGGCAGACGGUACUGAAGCACUAGAUGCUAUAGACAUACCCCAUGAUGCUGACGUUUAUAUUUCAACUGGAGAGCCCUUUUCAAAUCCAUUCAAAAAAAUUAAAGACCAUCUGUUGUUAAUGAAGAAGGCAACUUGGACGUUGAAUGGUCUAGCCUUUCCUAGAGGUGUCAGUAGAAGCCAAGCCAAACCUGUGCUUUCCAAACGCAUGAAGAACCUUACAGAGAAGCCCUCAAUCAGACUUUUGGUGUUCAAGAACUGCAUGGGCCAGGAUGGUUACGAAAUAUCAGCUCCUCCAAAUGAAAAGGAAAAGUUUUUAGAUAUUUGCACCAUAAGACUGAACCUUACUUUACCAGCAAAGUGCAUCUACAAUAUGCAUGGAGAAAGAAUUGAAGAUCUCAUAAAUGUUCCUGUGCUUGAUAAAUGCCUGCAAAAUUCCAUCACACCUUUGCGGGGACCUCUUUGGGUCUCUAAGGGAGAAGGUUUCAGCCCCUCUGGAGCAAAGAUGUACAUCCAAGGAGUACUUUUGGCCUUGCACCAGCGAUUAAAGUCUGCAAGAAACUACUGUGAACAGGUGGGUUCUGCCAUUGAUGGGCACAAAGAAGAAAUCACAGACAAAAGGAUUCUGUCAAUGAAAGAGGAAGAAUUAUAUUUAGAACAAGAAGAAGUGAACAAGUUGAUUGAUGAAUUGCAGGCAGCCAUUAAGAACUACAAAGGUCACCUCUCUAAACUUCUCCCUCAGUUACAGGCUGAACAAGAGCAAUGCACUUCAUAUGUCUACCAGCAUAUUAAAGAACUCCCUGCAAACACACUUCUGCCACAAGGUCUUCAGCUAAAGGUGUAUGAAAAUGGCAAAGACACCGGGGAGAUCAUUGUUUACAUCAGUAGAAAAGAGAUGGAAACUAAUUGUAGGAACCAACCCAGUAUUAUGCUGGAGAGGGUACAGCACAUAAUUCACCAAAGGCUCCAGUGUUCAGCAGAUUUCAAACCGUCAGGCCUCAGUCGCUUUCCGACUCAGCUUUUUGAUGAGACUGGGCAAGAAAUUAAAAAUCCACUUUCACUGCAGAAUGAGCAAAAAAUUUGGGUUUCUUAUGGUGAAGAUUACAGGUCUCCUUUAAAUCCUGUUCUGAGUUUGACCUUUGACAGAGUGACUGCAGCUGAAAAGAAUGGCAUCACAGUUAUUUAUAAAACACUUCUGGAUCCCACUGUUGAUUUGCUGCCUGGAUGUGACAAUUGGGAAGCUUGUGUUGGAUUUCCAGACAAUUUUCAAUUAACCAGUCCUCUGGAACAUCAGACUUUGGAAACUGUGGAUCCAGACAGCUAUUUUAUGCAGUAUAAGAUUGAUCCUCAGCUGGUGGUUCUUGGGUCAGUAACUAUGGAAAAUAUGAAGAAAAGCAUUUCCAGGAGAUCUGAUCUGAUACCAGCCUCUGCAUGCUUCCCACUUUCUAAUAUGUGGAUGAUCACAAAGACUGGAAUGAUUCUAAGUCGAGCUAUAGUACAAAGCUGUCUGGCUGUUGGUUGUCCAAUCAGAGCUGUGAUGCAGGAUGGCAUACCUCUUGAAGGCUUUAAGUUAAAUCUACAAAAAAGAGACAAAAACAAUAUAUAUCAGUACUGGACAUUUCAAAAUGAUGGCUGUAUCCAUUCAAAGGCUUACCCUGAGUUUGUCCUGACCUACCUAGAGGAGCUAAAUGUAAGAGAGGAGGUGACCCAGACGGAAUACCACACACACCAUGGGGGCCAGUCUGCACUUCAUCAAGAAGCAGAUAGCAACAUAGCAGAAGAGGAUCUAAAAAAUAAUGUCUGCAAUUGCAAUGAGAAACAACUUUCAGGACCUUUGGACGCCCACUUAAUGCCCGAAGGUCCCUUAGAGGGGAAUAGGCAGCUGACAGUGGCACUGGUGAGGAAACUAAAAGAGAAACAUCCUAAGGCCUCAGCUCAAAGGUGGGCCAUCAAGCAUGAAGGCGUAAGUAAGCCUGGUCAGUGGAAACAGUCAAAAGUGGACAAUCCUUUGUGGAAUAAGCUGACCUAUAUGUGGCCUGUCCUUCCAAAUGGAGAACUAAAUGAGACUUUUGAAUGGCCCAUUGAAGGGUUGCUGAUUCCAAACAGUCCUCCUUUAAAGAAACCUGCUGGUAAGAUGCAAGACAGCUACAUGCCUUUGAGACUGAAGGUUCUCAAAAAUGGAGAAGAGGACAAAAACAAGGCCAUCUUUAUUCUUGGACUGGAUUGUUCAACUGUGAUGAAAAAACAGUGCACUACAGCAAUGAAAUUGCCUUUUGCUGCUAGAAGACUCUUCACUGGAAAUGGGGUGGAAAUUUUUCUUUUGAAAGACUUGGAACGAGAUGAGUUGAUUUAUGUUUCAUGUGGAGAACAAUGGAUUGAUCCACAGUGGACUGUGGCCCAGAAUAAGAAGCGUCUCCAGCUUAAUAACUUGGCAUCUGAUGUAACUGCGAUUCGUGCCUAUUGUGUCAUGAGGAACACAAAAAAUUUAGCUUUAGAAGUCAAGAAGGACAUUGCUAUUGGAGCUAAGCUUUCUGUGGGAAUAGCUACAGUGGACUUUGAAAGGAAAAAAGUUGUUGAAGAGCCAGAUGAAAAACAAGCUGAAGAAAGUACAGAGAAAAUAAAGGACAACACAGAUAAGUGUCUGAAUUCACAUGCAAAAUCCCAUCUUAAAGCAGAUGCAUGCUAUAAAGCUGUGAAAUAUACCUGGCAGCAAAUUCCCUAUGAUUUUGAUGAGAAUUGCAGCUUUCUGAAAGAAAAAGAUGAACAGUUCUUUGAAGAUGCAGAGUUAUAUAAAAAAUACAGGUAUCGACCUAAACUGACUGAAGAAGUGGAGAAAGCCCAUCAUCAACUGUUUGAAUUUAGAAAUGGGAAAAUUAUCAACUGCUGCUUUCCCAAUCUUCUUUUGGGUGUAGAGAAUUCUGAUCUGCAUUCUGGUGCUGAAGUGGUUUUGUUGGAAAAGAAGGGUGACAAUAUCAACCAACACUGGAUAUGGAGAGAAGACAGCAGGACUUUCCAUCUUGUGAAUGAUCCAACCCUAGUACUAGCAGUAUCAAUGCCAAACAUACUGAAUGGGUAUCCAAAGAUUACAUUGGAAAUACAAGGCUGUCCUGUUAUCCUUCAGAAAUACCAAGGAUGUAAAAAUGGAGCUGCCAAUCAAAAGUGGAAUUACAUUGAAACUACAAAGGUUUUUACUGCCUUCUACACCACAAUUCUGGACCAAGAAAUUACAGCAGCAAAUUAUGCUUCUAUUUGUACAUUUUCUGUGACUAACACAGAGAAAAUAGACCAACUGGGCUACUACUUUCUUUCACCAUGUGGAAAGGAGAAGGUAAUGAUAUGCUUGGCUUGUGCAAGAAGCUUAAGAGGAAAGAAGGAACUGAAAAAGUUGUCCCCUGGGACUGUGUUCUUCUGUGCCUCUGGUUCAGAGGGAGGAAAACAUUUAUCCAUGUGGCCUUAUAAGUGCCUCGAUGUUACCAAGACUGACUUAUCCACCUCUGAAGCUGAAUCCACCUUGCAUUAUUUAGAAGAACUUCUAGCAUCUUUGAGGACAGAAACCUCAUUGCAAAUGAUCUCAGAAAAGAUGUCUGCAGCUGUAAACCAAAAAGCAGUAAAAAUAAUUGCAUACAAAAAUGGAACUGGCUAUGAAAAUGGGCAGCUAAUCGUUGCUAGUACCUUUCCUAUGCUCCUUUCUUUAUGCACAAGACAGCUUGAAUUUAAAAGGACAGCUUCUAAACUGUACACCAGCAAAGGGACCUUAAUCCUUACACUGCAGGAUUUAGUCUUGUGUGCUGUGAAGGAUUAUUUCAGGAAGCAGGAGCCUGACGAAAGAAAUGAAGGUGCAACUGUUAUUCCUGCCCCUAAUGAAAAUGUAUCUGUGUUUUCUACAAAAGAUAAGAUGGCAAAAGAGGGAAUGAAUGCCAAGUCUCCACCAUCAGUGAUGACGCUAAAUGAUCUGAAGUUGAUUGAUGAUAUUUUACUCACCAUUAUUCUUAGAAAUCCAAUUGAAGUCUGGGUUUCCAGUGGUGAACCUUUUCUGCCUUUGGACACUUUGCAAAAAACCAGGAAGCAAGAGCGACAAAAGUGGCUGGAGAAAGAUAAAAUUUUGGCAGACCUAGAUGCAAUGAAGCACAAAAUGAGACAACUGCAAGGACGGCGCAUAGCAAAAUCAGAAGCAGCUAAUUUGGUCCCCACUAAGAGUCCCUUCCAGCCUGUAGUUGUAGAAGGAGGCUGGACUGAAGAAACACAAGAAGAGAAGAAGCUCAUGGAAAUGAUACAACACAGAGAGACACAUCUUUCAGAGCUUCAAGCAUUACAGUUCAAAAGAAGCUCCCCAGUUUCUCCCAAACUACUUACCAAAGAUCACAGAGGCCUCUACAAGCAGCCAGCAACCAAAAGAGUGUGGGCUUAUGCAAACGGAAGUACAGCUGAGCAGGGAGCUCAUGCCUGGGGGAAAACCAUUACAGAGCUACUUGACAGCUGUACAAUGCAGCUAAAAAUGCCACAGCCUGCAAAGAUACUGUAUGCACCUGCUGGUGAGAGACUGCAAACGUGGGAUGAAAUAGAAAGAGACAUGAUUGUUUGCGUUUCCACUGGACAAGCCUUUAUGAACAGAAAAGCCAUGAAGCAUGAAGUGGAAAUUAGAGCACUUUAUGCCAGAAUUCAGAAGCAGCAAGGUCCAGAAUCUACCAACAUUAUUGUCUCACCAUCAGAAAAAAUUACCGAGAAGGUCAGCAUGAAUAGCUCUCUUCUGGCUCUCACCUGCAGAAGUCAUUCAGAUUUCACUGAUUAAUUGUUAGAGCACCAAGGGGAGCAGAGAUUUCCACACACCAACAGCAAUACACCUCUGGGCCAAGACCUCCUUCAUGGCUUGUGAGGAAGAACUGCUAUAUCCAAUGGCCCCUGAAGUGAUCUCCUGGGCAAUAUGUAGCUGAUGAGAAAAGAAAUUUCAAUGAAUGUCACUAAAUCAUGAAUGAAUUUUCUUGUGACCUAGAAAUAUAUUACUUUUCAAUGAAUAUAACUAAAAUAUGAUUUUCUUAGGACCCUGGGAUAUAUUAUUUUGACCACUGCAGAACGUUUUGAACAAUUGAUCCAACUUAUUUUAUCCUAUAGAUUCAAACCUAUAUAUAUUUCCUGAGCAGCAGGGGAACCAACAUGCACAGAUGACCAAAAUCUCCAAAUCAUAAAAAAGGGAAAUGGUCAAACAACCACUUUUGAAUGUAGUAUUCUCAUAAUCAGCCUUGUUCAGACUUGCAGGGAGGCUGCAGACUAUUUAGUUACUUUCUAUUCCUGGAAGCUUCACUCUUUGGGAGAAGGGAGUAGAAAUGGGGUAGCCCAGAAAGUAUGGGAGAUGUUUGAGGGUCACAAACUAAGAGCUGGGGCUAUAUUGCCUACUCCUGUCUUAGGCAAUGCCUUCUCUUGCAUGUUACAAUCUCUGCAGCCAUCCUUUAUUGUUCUCUCCAUACAGCUAGUAAAGAAUGAGCAGAUGGACAGAUGGAAGAGGUGUGGCUAUUUCCUAGGGUUUUUUUUAGCACUUUUCCUGUAGAGAUGC